GAAACCAGCAAAGUAAAAAGAUGAGAUUCUGUUAUUGAAACAAUUUAGAUUAAAUUGUUAACAAAUUAAUCACUGGAGCUCAACAACCAUGGAACAAUUUAAAACAUGAACAGUGAAAGAUGAACAAUCAAUUUUGUUUCAAUUCUUCACCAAUCUUUAAAUUACCUUUGAGUUUUUUUCUUCUCCUUCUUCCUCUUGAUCACAAUUAAAAACAAAAGGUUAAUCAAUGUUAACUGAAUUCACUUUCCAAUUGAAAUUAAUUUAAAUUCCCGUGAAUUUGGUGUUCACAAUUAAAGUUAAUCUCAACAUUAAUCCCUCUCAAAUUGUUGUCGUCAAGAUCCACUGGUGACUGGUGAUCGAUUAAAUUGAUUAAAUCCAAUGGAAACUCCGUUUUAUUCAACUGCCAAUGGAUUUGUUUAUGAGCCAUCAGAAGAUAGUUUCUUAUUGUUAGAUGGCUUGGAAAAAGAUUUACAAUUAAUUAAAGAUGCAAGACCUACUAUUUGUUUGGAGAUCGGUGUUGGUUCGGGGAUUAUUACGUCGGCUUUAAGUAAACACCUUGGUGUCAAUGGCUUUUCUUACUUCAUUUGUACUGAUGUUAAUCCGAAUGCUGGUAUCGCUUGUAAAGAAACAUUUAACCUCAAUAAUCUCAUUUAUUCACCUGAAAUUGUGUUAACCAAUUUAAUUGAUUCAUUGGAACAUCGAUUACAAUCUAAUGUUGAUUUAAUUGUCUUCAAUCCACCUUAUGUGCCUACAGAUGAUUGUGAGAUUGAAAGUGACAAUUUAUUGACCAAAUCAUGGGCUGGAGGAAUCAAAGGUCGUCGAGUGAUUGACAAAUUUAUCGAAACAAUAAUCAAUGUAAUUGCUGAUGAUGGAUUAAUUUAUCUCUUAUUAAGCCAAGAGAAUCAACCGGAUGAAGUUAUUGAGAUAUUGGAAAAAGUAAACAUCAAAUUAGAUGAAAUUGUUAUCAAAAGAAAAUGUCUCAAUGAACAUUUAAUUGUUCUCAGAUUUAGAAAGAAAAAAUCACAACAAUUAACUCAAUCCAUAGGAAAAUUAAAAAUCUCCUAAAUCAUCAGCUGAUUUGACAAAAUGAUUAACACUUAAAGUGAGAGAGAAAAACAAAACAAAACAAAACCAGUUACCAGCUGAAAUUAUACUAAUUAAAAUGAAUCUUAACCAAACCUGUUAAACCUUAA